AGAUCUGCAUCAAAUGGGCAAAAGGUUUUGGACGAAAAAUGGGUUGGGAUACAAUGAUAAAGUAAUCCUCUUGGCAAUGGUUUUUAUGAUUUUAAUGGAUGGAGUAGUAGAUGGUGAAUCCCUGAUUAAGCAGAAAUUGUUGGAAGUUAACAAGAGGUUAAAGCUUCUUAACAGGCCAGCAGUCAAGAGUAUUCAGAGCGAAGAUGGAGAAAUCAUAGAUUGCAUUGAUCUUUUCAAGCAACCUGCUUUUGAUCACCCUAUGUUGAAAAACCACACGAUCCAGAUGAAACCCACAUAUGAUCCACCGACGAUGAGAACCACGAAGCAAGAGUCUUCUACUAAGCUAGUAUCACAGGUUUGGCGAAGAAGUGGAAGUUGUCCACAAGGAACAAUUCCUAUUCGUAGGAUCCGAAAGAUUAAUAUACUGAAGGCCAAUUCUCUUGAAGAUUAUGGAAGAAAGAGAUCACCAGCCUCUUCUCGUGCCUCUAGCAGUACGAGAACAAUGCGUGGCGCUAGUCAAACUAAUCACUUCAACCAAAAAGCCAAUCAGUCGGUGGCGAUACUUCUUACUGAAGGGUACAAUUACAUAGGAGCAAAAGGAGAUAUAAACGUUUGGAAUCCUUAUGUGGAAUCAGAUGAUGAAUACACCACAGCUCAAAUAUGUAUUAAGGAUGGUCCCUAUUAUGAUUUUGAGAGCAUUGAAUCAGGAUGGACGGUAAACCCAGGUGUCUAUGGAGACAGGCGGACUCGGUUCUUUUCUUAUUGGACUAAGACAGGUUGCUUCGACCUCCUUUGCCCUGGUUUUGUUCAAACCAGCAAUGAAAUAGCCCUUGGUUCCGCCAUUGAACCUAUUUCAGUUACUGCUGGUCCCCAAUAUCAUAUUGCACUCACCAUCUUCAAGGAUCCAUACACUAGGAACUGGUGGUUGCAAAUGGGAAAUGAUAUCAAAAUAGGAUACUGGCCACCAGACAUAUUCAGUGGAUUAAGUCAUAUUGCAUCAUCUGUUGAAUGGGGAGGCCAAGUCUACAGCACCAACGUAAGGAAAAUUCCUCACACAAGCACAGCCAUGGGGAGUGGAGAAUUCCCUGCAUUUAUGUAUGGGUCUGCGUGUUACAUUGGGCACAUUCGGAUCCUUGACUACUCUCUCACCUGGAAGUACCCUUCAUGGGUCUAUCCUUUGGCAGAUGAAUAUAAUUGUUAUAAUGCAUUUAGCUGGAUUGAAGAUACUGAACCCACACUCUACUUUGGUGGGCCUGGUCGAAGCUUUAAAUGUCCAUGA